CUGGCAGUCCGUGCCUGAGCAGGGAAGGAGGCCGGAAGUGUCUGCCGUGGUUCUUUUCUCUUCUACCCCCCCAACCCCGCGACAGCCUUCUAGCAAAAGGAGGAGAUGGCCGUAAUGGAAAUAGCUUGCCAAGACGCUCCAGUCCCUGUUACUGUUGGGCACCCAAAGGAGCUUCCUACGGAUAAAGGACUGAAGGAGGUGGUGGCUGAGAAAAAGAGCAGCGUUUGCAAAGUAGAGGAUCUAGAGAAAAAUGUGUUCCAGGGACCGUGGAAGAUUCUGAGCGACGUGAUUGCCAAAGGAACUGCCAAGGAAGGCAGUGGGGAAGGGAGCUUAGCCUCCAUCUCCAUCAUUGCCCAGGCAGAAUGUGAGAUUAGCCAGGAGUUCAGCCCUACGUAUUCUGAGAGGCCUUUUCUUGCUGACGCCAAACGAUUCAGCCGGUCUUGUAGCCUCGAUCAGAUCCCCAACAAUGUGGCCUACGCAACUGAGGGCAAAAUCGCCCCAGCCUACAGGAAAGCCAUGCAUCGUGGCAAGUCCCGGAAGAAACGGCGAAAGAAAAGAUCCCAUCUUCUGACACACAAGGAGUCCGCCUCCCCACCUCACAAGCCAAGAACCCCAGAGCAGGAGAGCUGCACGCCAAUUCCAGUGCAGGAGGAUAACUCUCCCUCGGACACCCUCUUCAGUAGCGCUUCCUGGCUUUCAAAGUCAUGCAAGGAUUUGGGCUGCAAUCUCAGCACCUUAGAGAAACCCAAACAAGCCCUACCUGCUGGCAGGUUGGACUUGCUGAAGAAUCGAGGAAAGCUAGAAUUACACAAGCUGAUCAGCCCUGCUCAGUGCCUGAGCCAUGUCUGGAAGGCCCACACGCAAGGCAUUUUUACCCCUCAAUCAGAGACUCCACACCCCUUCCCUUAUGGGAAGUUUCCCCUUGAUUUCUGUGGCUACAGCGACCUCUUUCCUCCCUUGAAACUCAACCCUCUGAGGACCUACCUCUUUGAUGACCUGUCCUGUGUGGAUGGUGAGCAACGCCUCUCAGGCCUGGGCUUGGAGCAGAGCUUCUCCAAAUGUAGCCACCAGACCGCAGAAAGCAUCUCAGACAAGCUGUCCAUGGAAGAAUUUCUGGUGGAUGCCUUGAAGGGAAGUGUAAUCCUCGGAGAACCAAGAAACCUAGCUUGCUUAGCCAAGACCUGGAAAGGAGGUGGACUGAGUCCAAAGGGGAUGGAUGGAAAUGAAGGGGUGCUGCUUAUAGAGAAACUGAAAGCCGUGGAUUAUGAGUACCGCGAAGACGUCCACUGGACCAAAUGUCCAGGCUUGCUUGGCACAGGAUCUUUUGGUGAAGUGUACAAAAUGGAGGACAAGCAGACGGGCUUUCAGUGUGCUGCCAAAAAGGUGCGGGUCGAACACUUCCGCGCAGAGGAGUUGAUGGCGUGCACUGAAGGGGUGCAUGCCAAAGUCCUCCCAUUAUACGGAGCGGUGAAGGAGGGCCUGUGGAUUACUCUCUUCAUGAAGCUAAUGGAAGGUGGGUCCCUUGGUCAGCUCCUGAAGCAACGCGGUUACCUGCCGGAGGACCGGGCUCUUGAUUAUCUAGGCCAAGCGCUGGAAGGCCUGGAGUACCUUCAUGCUCACAGCAUUCUCCACGGAGAUGUGAAAGCUGACAACAUCCUCUUGUCCGGUGACAGAAGCCACGCUGUCCUCUGCGACUUUGGUCACGCAGCUCACCUUCACCCGGAUGGCAUGGGGAAGUAUUUGAUGACAGGGGAUUAUGUUCCUGGCACAGAGACCCACCUGGCCCCCGAGGUGGUGAUGGGGAAGCGCUGUGACUCCAAGGCAGACAUCUGGAGCAGCUGCUGCAUGAUGCUGCAUCUCUUGAACGGAUGCCACCCUUGGACCCAGUACUACAACCACCCUCUGUGCCUCAAGAUAGCCAAAGAGCCGCCUCCGUUGAGAGAAAUCCCACCCUCCUGUCACCCAUCCACCUCCCAUCUCAUCAAGGCGGGUCUUGAGAAGGAUCCGGCCCGACGGGCCUCUGCAGCAGAGCUGAGGGUGAAAGCCUGUGCGGCCCUUGAAAAGGUGGGAGGCCUGAAGAGCCCCUGGAGUGGAGAGUACAGACAACCCCGAAGCCUACAGUUGGCACCAGAUCCUAGUCUCCCAGACCCACCACUGCCAAUCCCGGAGCCUCCCGAAAACCACACCCCCCCACCUCCACGCCAGGGUCUGGCCGAGAAGGUGCAGUUCAUCCCUCUGAGCACGUGCAAGGAACAAAUGCAGCCGUGCGACUCUCUGCAGCCCUGCUUCCUGCCUCCUCUCAGCGCCAAGAAGGGCAGUUUGACAGACUGGAGAACCACAUCCUUUGAACUUGAGCUUCAGCAGCUGGAGUUUGAGCUGAUUCGAAACAGCCUGUCUCAGCCCUUCUCUCUGGAGGAGCAGGAGCAGAUGCUGUUCUGCCUCAGCCUGGACAGUGCUCUCCCGUCAGACACCAGCGAGAAGGACUCAUUGAAAACAUCUCAGAGCCUGAAGGAAACCAUGAGUUCUGGAGUGUGUUCGUGGAGCAGCCAAACAGAUGGGCAGAGCAACAGCUGGAACAGCUGGCUGCAGCUCAACAGGCAUACGGAUAUGCCCACCUACUUUGAUGGAGUGAAAAUUGAGAUCCGCUUGCUCAGUGGGGAGAGUCUCCACAUCCGAGAGUUUCGUGGCGCCAAGGUGGGAGAUGUAGCCAUUGGAAUCAGCAGCCAGAUACCGGCCUCUGCUUUCAGUUUCUUCACCAAGGAAGGCCAACCUGUCCGCUGCGACAUGGAGGUCCCUGAUUUGGGCAUCGAGCUUCAGUGCACCCUUGCUCCCGACAGCAGCUGUGGCUGGAGCUGGAGGGUCAAACAUGGUCAACUAGAGAAGAAGCCUUAAGGGAUGUUGUCUCUUCCCACCACACUCCUGUGGCAUCAUCCCUCAUGGAGCCAGAUGUGGUAUCUGCAGAUAGCUGAGUGCUGAAUAUUGUUGGUGGUUACAGGUUCUAGGUUUGGUUCCUCUCUGCUUCUUUACUGCAUCCAGCCCUUGUGUGCAGCCAGGUUUAUGGGCUGGGUGGCAGGAAAAAAAACUGAAUUACUGUGUCUGCGUUUAUGAAACUGACCCAGAAGACUAGGAAGAACCUGAUCUGCUGGGUUGCGGGCAGGCGGUCAAUUCCUUAACCCAAACGCCUUCUGCCAAUCCCAAGGAAAGUGGGAAGUUCUGAUUUGCGCAGUGGGACUUAGUAAAGUUCUCCAAACCCUGCAAUGGGCUUAGAGGUGGGGAACCUCCUUGGAUACAAGGGCACAUCAGGUUACCUUGGCCAGCUCACUCUCUCGUCUUCGUUUGAUGCCGCACGCUUGUUGCGGUGCAAAAAACGUUGCCCUGAGCAGCUUGGAGGAAUGUAGUAAGCAACACAAACCUGAUUCGCUUGGGAACUUCCUCAGCGAAACUGGUAGCAUGCUGCACCUUCUGAGAAAGCUCAGGAAUCUGUGCUGGAAGAUUAAAUCGUAUUAAAUUUCAGUUGUAUGG